AAGGUACAAAUUGUAUUAAACAAAUGUCACUUUUGUGCUCAGGUCUGGGACUACAAACUCUUCAUGGCUGUACUAACCAGAAGGACACAGUCUGUUGGGUUUUAAGUGGAUAUUAUUGCAUAGACCAAGCAGAUGGAGGGUGUAAGGCAGCUCGCCCACACACUGUGUGCACUCCGGGACAGUGGGUUAAACAGCCAGGUUCCGAUUCUACUGACACUGAAUGUGACGACUGCCCUCAAAAUUCAUACUCAGAUGGCCUUUUUACAUCAUGCAAACCCCACACAGAGUAAGUUGUUACAUUUUUGUUCUCCUUCAAGUAAGGAG